CAUUAAUCACCAUAAUCGAAAUAAAAUAUAAAUGACCAAAGCGUAGACUUAACCGAAUAAGAAGAUCAAAACGAUGAUGAUCUAUAAUAAAAAAUGAUAAAAAUUCUUGGAAUAACUUCUUUUGCAUCUUCCAAAGGAAAAGAUCAUUAACAUUCUGCAAAAGAAUCUGUUUUUUUAUUCCGUAAAGAAAAAAGACAAUACAGAAGAUAUAUGAAUAGAAAAGGAGGUUUUAACAGAGCUUUAGAUAAAAUGGAUUGA